AUGGUAUUCUCGUCUGGUGCUGCUGGCCACCAAUGCGCCACAAUACUCAAGACAUUACCCUCCGAGAAUCCGUUUACAGUCGAAGUAGUUCGGUUUGUCAUGCCUCUGGAGUCAAAUCUGGGAGACACCAGUGCCCACUGGGCCAACUUCACUGCGAUCUUAUACCCAUCUGAUCUGUUGAAGGCGGCCAUGGCGUUCUGGCGGGAUACCGGCUCAGGAUUGUCAACUCGUCAUGCAGAGUUCUGUUUGGAAGAGUUCGACUAUCUUGAUUCUGACUCUGCAACUCCGGCAUACCGAACCCCAGCUUCACGGAAGAGAUGUCGGAGCGAGGCCCCGGUAUCUCUUACAUGGAUGCGAGCCGCGGCUGGAAACUCGCACGAGGUGAAAUCAUUCCUUGCAAGCAUUGCCACGUCUGAGCAACCGGGACAGCCAACUGUGAGCCCAGACGAUGUGUUUCUGUAUCCUACCGGAAUGAACGCUAUAUACACGCUUUCGGAUGCUCUAGCUUCGCCAGAAUACAAGGUUGCUAUGUACGGGUGGUUGUACCCAGAAACAGUCGACGUCGUCCGACGCGGUACAUGGGCAGAAUGCCUCUCCUACAAAUACGGCACAGAGGACGAGUUGGAUCGCUUGGAGGCCCUCCUGCAAUCCGGCCAACAGAUUGGGGCAUUGUUCUGUGAACUGCCCAGCAACAUCACGUUGGCAUCGCCCAAUCUCCGUCGAAUUCGCGCACUGGCAGAUCAAUACGGCUUCGUUGUCGCCUGUGACGACACCGUUGCCGGCUAUGUCAACAUCGAUGCGCUUCCUUAUGUAGACGUCAUGAUGUCCAGUCUUACGAAGACAUUCAGCGGGGCAUCAAACGUCACCGGUGGAGGUCUUGUAAUAAACCCCACCUCCCGGCAUCACGACCAAAUCCACGCUGCCCUAUCCAAGAACCAAGACACCUAUUUCCCUCUUGACUUGGACACACUCAAACAGAACAGCAAAAACAUUGUCUGGCGUGUGAAGCAAUGCAACCAGAACACGCUUCCACUCGUCGAGCUCUUCAAAGCCCACCCCGCCAUCGCCGAAGUAAACCACCCGUCCAUCGCGCCAACGUCAGCCCUGUACAAGAGUGUGAUGCGCCAGGACGGCGGCUACGGCAACAUUCUGAGCAUUGUCUUCCAUGAUCCGCGCACAGCAGAGCACUUCUAUAACGUCUUCAACGUCUGCAAGGGGUCCAGCUUCGGGACGAACUUCACAUUGGCUAUUCCGUAUGUCCAGCUAGCCAAUUACUGGAAUCAAGAUAAGGUUGCGAAGCACGGGGUGCCGAGGCAUAUUAUACGGAUUAGCGUUGGGCUUGAGGAUUCGAGGCAGAUCGUGGAGACGGCGAAGAAGGCGCUUAAGAGUGUGGAUGAGUUUGAGGUGAAGAAGGGUCUUGAUUGA